AACCUCCAGCACCAGCUCUAUCUGUACAGAGCUCCGCUGCAGUGCUGUGCUCUGUUUGUGCUCGGUGCUCCGCACUUAUUCACACCGUGUCGCCGAUCAUUGAAGGACCCGCGUCCGUCAAAGAUUCGCAAGUCGCAACUCCGAGCUUCGCUCGACAGAGCGAACAUCUCUCAGCCAAGUUGGCAAGGUACUAGGGCCAACGCCCUCGACAUCCCAGCUCACUCCGCAGCACACGUCUGAGUUCCGAGCUUCUGAAGUAUCACAUUCGUUCCGAGCUACUUGAGUCGCUGCAUUUCAUUCCAAAGUAUAACAUUCCCUCCGGUUGGUCUUAGCACGUUGGGCUCAGCACGUUGGGCUUAGCACGUUGGGCUUAGCACGUUGGGCUUAGCACAGGCUGUACUAUUCGCUCCGCGAGUGACUAACCUAGCACUCACAUCAUCAAACAACGCCCGUUAUGGCGCAGUCUUCAUGCAGCUCCCACCAGGAUCCGCAAUGCACGGCGGCGCAGGCCUCGUCGCACGAGGCCCCCUCGCUCCGCCUCCCACCUUCCAAGAAGCUGCGACUGUUCGGACAGCAGAUCCAAGCGUCGCCUGUUGUCGCUCAGCCUCCCAGCGACUGCUCGCCGUCGUGCGACGUUACCAGGUCGUCGUUCACGUCGCCCACGUCGCAGUCGCUCUCUGGAUGGAGCACCUCAAACUCCGCUGAACAACUUCCACCCCCGUUUUUCCCGCUUUCCCAUCCGUCGACGUCAAAUUCCGUGGAAACCGCUCGUAGCUCUCCAGAUGUUUGCCACGUGUCGGCAUCUGCGCCGUCGCUUUCAGAUCUCGGCGACGACAUCCUUCGGAAGAUUUUCCAGGCGAUGCGGCCGACGGCGUGGGAUCUCUGCCGGCUGGCGUGCGUCAGCACGACGUGGAAGAAUCUCUGCUACAGCCGGCCGUUCUGGUCGAAGCUUCGUGUCGGCCCUGGUAGCAUGCAUCCCGGGAUGGCGAAACUCGCGCCACGCUGGCAGAAGCCUCACCGAUCUCUUUAUCGAUGACCCGCGGUGCGAGCUGCACGUACUUAAUCCCAUCAUCGUCGCGUGCGCUUCGUCCUCCGCCGCGUGGUCGUGGACUGCGACUCGAUCGUCGCCGCGGUAGCCGCUGCUCCAGGGCCCGGAAACGCGGCGCGAGCGAGCGCGGAGUCGUCGAUUUGCAACCUCCUAUGGCUCAUCUCGCUCCACUGCCGCAACGUUUCGAAAUUAGAGCUUCUCUCCUCGCGCGCUUCCACCGCCGCCGCGGCAGGAAACGGCGCAGGAACCGGCGUCGUCAUCGCCCCUCCCUCCGCGAACACGGGCUCCGCGUUGGCGGGCCUCCUAGAGUCGCGACUAAUGUGGUUUCUAACGACCGCGUUCCGCGGCAUCCGGCAAUUCUCGUGCGUGCUGCCCGGCAGCAUGACCACGCAGACGACGUGCUUAAUGGCCAUCGCAUGGCGCCACCUCGCCUCCGUGCGCCUCCACUGCGGCGCGCUGCAGCUCGCGGAUCUCCUCGCGCUGCGGAAAUGCGGCGCGCUCAGAAGCCUGGAGCUCGUGGGCGGCAGACUGGAAGAUAAGUCCAAAACGGCAGGACAGGGGCCGCCGGGGGAAGGGGAGAGAUUAUCUAGUCUGGAGGUGCUUGUAUUGAAUGGGUGUGAUUAUGACCCUGCGACUGUGGCCAGGCUUGCCUGGCAUGCACCGAAGCUGCAGCGGAUUGUGAUGAAAAGCGGCUGUCGAGACAUUACUAGUGCUUCGCAGAGCAAUGUGCUUACGCAAGGCAACGUCUUUAGCAGAAGCAGCAGCAUUCGAAGCAGUAGCUGCCAGGAGUCUUCUACCCUGGGAGGCAGCAUUGCACCUGGUGCUGCUCCUGCAGGUGAGCCAGGGCCGGCAUCCCAGUCACUCCUAUCUUCGCUUCCACACAUGCACACGCCAUGGUUGCAGCAGCUGCUGCAGCAGCAAUCACAGCCCGGACAGGCAGCCAUGUGGCCGGAAGUCCAGAAUGGCUGGCUGGAAUUGUUGAGGCCUUGAGUCGUCAACAUAGCACUGGUGGUACUGGCCCAGAACUGAGUGCUUCUGGGACCAAGCCCGUGUCUGCUGAACCAUUUGCUCAACUUAGGCUGAGCCUUAGCCAGGUGGGAAGGGGUCAUGUGAACGUUGUUUCACCCCAUGUACCAGCCUCCAUUAGGUAGAGAGGAGUUUGUACUAAUACAAAGGGGGUCUUCCCAUACUGGAGUACAAUAUGAAAUUGUUUUGGUAUGUCCUAAGAAAAAUGAGGAGCUUGG